UUAUCUGUUCUCGGGUGAUGUGCCUGUGUAUGUUUUCGUAAUCGAGUGUCGCAUGAUCGUUACGAGCAUUGUAUUUUGUUGCAAAAGGGCUCAUCAUGGUGUUAAGUCGUCUUUUUUUAGGUCUCUGACCACUAACAAAUUUUUGACACGUUCAGCUUUUACUGCGAGGAAGCCUGACUACAGUACCCCAAACUGGUUUCGAGUAGGGCUGACCUUUGGAAGCAGUGCAGCCAUUUGGAUUCUGCUUAUUAAGCAACACAGUAAUGAUGUUGAAGAAUAUAAAAGGAGGAAUAACUUGUCGUGAAGAAUAAGCAGAAAUGAACAUGCCAUGUGUAACCUGGCCAGAUACGGCAUUAAAGUGAAAGACUAUAGUAUGUCUUUGGACGGAUG